UACAUGUCGGCGGGCAUGACCAUGAUGAGCUUCAAGCCCAUCAAUGCUACUCACCAGCACCUAUGUGCAUUCCAUGUCUACUCGUAUGUAUUCUUGCUUUUGAGGUACAGCUUUGCGAGAAAAUUCACUUCUACUCAUCUAAACCAUGAUUUUCACCAAGGCAUCAUUUAUGAUUCGGAUAAGGCCAAUACAAAGCUCAUUGGAAUUGAGUACAUUUUCUCGGGGAAGAUCUUCGCUUCGCUCCCUGCGGAAGAGAAAAAAUUCCGCCACUCACGCACAUAUGAGAUUGAGAGCGGCCUACUCCAAAUGCAAGCAAGGCAGUUCGUCCCUAGUUCGUCUUUGCCUGAAUGUGCACGUCCUUCAACAUGCAACAAUCCUUGUGGGCACACGAUGGUAGCUAUUAGAUAG